CAUUAAUCAUUGACAGUGGCAUGACUUUCCGUAGGACUUCGAGUUGUACUACAUGGUAGUCCAAGGAAGUUACUGCGUGUCCAGCUGCGGACUUUGACUAAUAUUUCAGUGCUAUAUUUCUCAUUUUUAUUAUCAUGACUGUGAUGGGGAACACGCGCUUCAAAACCAGCGAUGGACUAAUCAGACUAACAGGACGCGCUAGUCCAACGCUAGUCUUAUCAGUAUUCGCAACUGACAUGUGAUUGGCACCAACUGAUCCCGUUUCUCCCAGCUUGGCGCUUAUCGAUAUAUCAUUGAAACACACCAACGAUCAUGACGAACACCGAACAUCUCGACCUCCGCGAAAUAGACGCCUGUUUAUUUGAUGUGUUCGGUACCGUCCUUAACUGGCACAGCACAGUCACUCGCCAAGUCGCCCGUCUCAGUAAAGGACUACUUCUUGAAGGUUCACAGGACGCAGUCGAUUUUGCGGAAGAAUGGAGAGCAGGAUAUUAUGCUUAUGUCAAACGAGUAUCACAGGGCGGGGAGGGUUCUUCCAAUGCAGACAUCAUGCACCGAGAUAUACUGGACGAUAUGCUCACCACCCCGCGCUGGUCUCAUAUUGCAGAAGUGUGGGGGGAAUCUGAUCGCGAUAAUCUCACCUUGAUCUGGCACAACUUGGAUGCGUAUCAGGACACCAUCCCGGGGCUGACAGAACUCAAACGCCACGUCAACAUUCUCGCUCUGUCUAACGGGAACUUCAGAUUACUUCUCGAUCUGGCAAAGAAUCAAGGUGUUCCCUGGGAUGGUAUCUUUUCGUCCGAGCUGUUCGGAUCUUACAAACCGGACAAAAAGGUCUACCAAUCCGCGGCAUAUCAUCUUUCUUUACCUCCUCACAAGAUAGCAAUGGUCGCUGCACACAGAUACGACCUCCUCGCUGCUGCCAGCGUAGGCUUCAAGACGAUAUAUGUACCACGCCCUGCUGAAGAUUCGCGCGAGGUGAGGGAGAGCAUGCGUAGCAAGAAGGACGGCGGUGAGGUGGAUCUUGUCGUUAAAGAUUUUGAGGAGCUAGCGAGGUUAAUACGUGAAGCUCAACAAAGCUGAAGUGCGCAUUUGGUACAUACUUUGUAAGUCCUUGACACAUCGCGGAAUCAUAUCACAGUAUAUCAGUGCGAACGAAGUGGGGUAACCGAAUCAACGAUCGAUCGAUCAUGUUCGGGGUAAUGAUGCGAACGA